UCGUUUCAAUUCUAUGUCUGCGGUUGAAUUGAACGGUUCCGGCUAACGUGCACGCUCCGUAACGGUGGCACUAUCAUUCUCCGGCGUAAAUAUAGUUCUUUCUAGCCCAAUCAUAAUAAUAUAUUUUAAAGAAAUAUAUAGAUCAUUAAGUAUUUUACAAAAUUAUAAAAUAAAACAAAGUGAAGUGAGUGUAGUGCUUCUAUUAUUCUGCCAUUUCUACAAGGAUUAUCUCUUUCAACUUUAAAUGGGAUUAUACCUGAACACUUGAAUUUCCGAAGCGUUCCAAUCAACAAAAUAAACAAAGCAUGGAACUGCAUUGGCAGCUGCUGACGUUCAUCGUGUGCCUCCAGAGUCUGCAUUCCGACGGUUUUGUCCUGCAGACAGAGCGCAAGUGCACCUACGGUCGGAUCGAGAAGCUACUGCGGAUUCGAUGCUACGAUUUGGACCUCAAGGAGGUGCCCCAGAAUCUCAAGACCUCGGUGGAGGUUCUUGAUCUAUCGCACAACCGCAUUAGGAAGUUGAAAAGUAGCUCGUUUCAGAGGUACACGGACAUUAAGUUUCUGAUGCUCUAUGAUAACAUGAUCUUAUCGGUGGAGGUGGGAACCUUUGAGCCACUCACCUCGCUCCAGGAGAUUGAUCUUUCGAAUAAUGGACUGACAACGAUUCCGCUGGAGCUGUUCCAGCUGCCGCGACUGAGAAACCUCUACAUAGACAGCAACGAGCUGACAUCCCUGAACCUUCAAGCGCUGGAAAAGCCCAUUCGGGCUCCUCUGGAGUACCUUAACAUUGCAGGAUGUGAGCUUCAGGAGUUGCCCGACCUGGGGGUACUGCCAAAACUCUGGCAACUGAAUGCCUCGAUGAAUCCGCUGCAGAACUUCCAGAUUGACAGCCUGGCGAAUCUGUGUCACCUGCAGGUCAUCGAUCUGACCAAGUCUAAGCUCAGCCAGUGCGGCUGCCAGCAGGUCACCAACCAUCUCAUGAUGCUCGGCGCCAGUCCGAAGUUCGUGCCUGUUUGCAUGGAGGCGCUCGACAUCCGCGAGUGUCCACUGCCCUACAAUCGAACGAUCCACUCGGCGACAUUCGCCAGUUGCCAGACGACUGUGGAGUUGGCCGAAACGCGCAGCUUCUGGCUCUUUGGCGCAGGCUGUUUUGGAGGCGUUUGUUUUGUGCUUUUAAUUGUCAUUUUCUGCGUAAUAUACUGCCGAAGAAAACGCUCCCAACGACGCUUGAGAAAUGCCCAGAAGCGAAAGCCGUUUGUGAUCUCUCCGAAAAAUGCCAUUAACCGUCAGCCGGAGGACGAGCCUCUGCACUGUGAUACUGCCCGCAAAUAGCAUUUAGUUAGUUAAUUAGACACAUAGUUAGUUUUAGUGGCCAGAUAUUUAUUUACCUACCAUUAACGCCUUAGUUUAGCCUUAGGACAACUGUCUACCUAGCAAAAUACCGCGAAUCCUUCACCAAAACAAAACAAAAACACCAAAAAUGUUAAACUAAAAAAUGCAAUCAACGGGAAAUGUUUUGCUCAAACGCCACUGCUAUUUACCUGGUUAUAUAAGUAACAUAUACAUAGUAAGUCUACAGAGAAAUACAAUAUUUUUAACGAAUGACAUAAACUUGUACCAUAAUUUAAGAAGAAAAAUAUAUUUAUUUAACCUAAAAUUUUAACACCAAAUAUGUUUCUCUUCUGAUACUUUGAAAUUGAAAAAAGUCUAAAAUUUGUAUUCUUGAUUUGUCGUCAUCAAAAAAACAGUUUUCUAAAAUUAUUUUAUAAGGAUACAUUUUUAUAUUUUUGGCGAGUAAAUGUGAAUACUCGUAUUUAGGCACUUGUUCUAAGCCCUUUAAAGUAGGCAAUCAUUUUAGACACAUUCUUUGAAUCUUUUCAAACCCCAAGAGUAUGUUUUCCUCCAAAUAAAAAUAUUUUUGCACAAAAUUA